AUGAAGAAGAAGAAACUAAGUGAAAUGACUCGUACCGAAAUGGAAGCAGAGCUUCAAAUGAAUGCAAAAGUACUUUCAGAUUUAGAAAACCAGAAUCCAAAUGAUAUCAGAACAAUAGAGAAAGAUUUACAACAAAUCAAAUCCAAAACCGAACAAAUAACAAAAUUAUUCAUUGAUAGACAAACAAAAAAUGAUAUUUUUACUGAAAAACUCAAGUUUUACCAGAAUUUAUGUCAAAGUGAUAAGAAGAGAGUUCGUCCAAAAAAUACUUCUUUCUGCCAUUCAACAAGAACUAAAUCAGAUCUGGCAAAUACAUUUCAGUCACUUGCCGAAGCGAAAAAUGAUCCACGUUUUGCUAUAUCUGCGGCAAUUUUAAAUAAUCAGCAUCAAGAUCAUCCAGAAGAGUUUGAAGAAUUGCUGAAGAAUAGUAAGUGCAAUAUGUGUAUAAUGAAAAGUCUACAAUUACGUAAACAAAUACAUGAUAACUAUGAUCAAAUCAGGCAAUUAAACGAAACAUUGUAUACAGUUGCCCUUCCUGAUGUCGAUGAGGAUGACAAACAUUUAGAACUCGUCCAGAAGCUCACUCGCAAGCUAGAAUCUAAGCGAGAAAAACAUAUUCAGUUAUUACACGAACAUGCUGUUUAUAAAGAGCUUCAAGAUAGAUUUGCUGAUCUCCAAGUUGAAGUAAAUAAUCUUAAAGAGAGAAAAAUCGAAGUAGAAAAAGAAAUGGAUCGAAAAAAGAAAGAAUCAGCAGAUAAUGAGCAGCAUCUAUUUGAAUUUCAAGUACAACUCGCCGAGACAAUCAAGUCACAGUUGUAUGAGAUCGAUGAUGAGCUUCAGGAGAAGAUAAAUCGACUCACAGAAUUAUCAAACGAUAUCAUGGACCAAAGUCAUGAAAAAGAAGAGCAACUCAAUGAUCUCAGGGAUGAUUUCGAUCUAAUAAAUGGUCCAUUCAAGAAAAUUCUCGAUUCUUGCCCUUCAGAUCCGUUUGAUGACCCUCAUUUCGUUGCUUUGUUUGGAGAAUCAAACCAUAGCACUGACAAUCUACUUCCUACAUUUUCUACCAAUACAAGUGAAGCUACUCAAGAGCAGAUUGAAGAUUUAGAAUUACAAAUCAAAAUUAAAGAUGAAGAAGUCGAAUAUCUCAAGAAGAGGAUCAACGAAAUCCAAACAAAUGCAAUUAUGAGCUUCAAAAUUGAAAGCGAUACAGAAUCUGUUGAAAAUUACGCAAAUCACAUUCAAUUUACUGAAGAACUCUCAAAUACCAACAAAACUGAGAUUGUUAUUUAUGCUGGAGAGUUUAAUUUCACGAAAGAAGUUGUUGGACAUCAUUCUGUUAAAGCAAAACUGAUUACAAAAGCUUUUGGAAUGGAAUCAUCAACAAAAACAAGACGAUCAGCCCAUGUGCCUAAAUUUAAUGCUUAUAUUACAUUUAUUGUUGAAAAUAAUAAUGAUUUGGUGAAUUAUAUCAAAAAUUCAAGAGGAGUAAUUGAAAUCUUUGCAGGAGAUGAUUGUAAUGAUUUAAUUGGAACAUCUAAAAUUAACUUCUCACCAUUUUUAAACGAUACUUUGCUGUUUUCAUCAAAUAUCACGAUUAGAGAUCCAUUUGGCACAAAAAUCGGAACUCUCAGCAUAGAAUCGGGCACUUCUCAUCCAAUAAACCAAUAA